CAAUUAAGUUGUCAAAAAUAAAGCGACGCAACGCUACAAAAAUAUAAACUUGUUUGUUGGAUUUCUGUAAAAAUACACUAAAACAAAUUAAGUUUUUGACCGGUUUUACAGUCAAUCGUACAAAAUGGUUAAACUCACAACGGAGUUAAUACAAAACUCCAUGCAAUAUAUGAAUCCAUGUCGAGAUCGAGAAUUGGAUCUUAGAGGUUACAAAAUACCCCAAAUUGAAAAUAUGGGAGCCACUUUGGACCAGUUUGAUACAAUCGAUUUCUCUGAUAACGACAUCAGAAAACUGGAUGGAUUUCCCUUAUUAAAACGUCUGAAAUGUUUAUUAUUAAACAAUAACAGGAUUGUGAGACUUGGUGAGAAUUUGGAACAGUACAUACCUAAUUUGGAGUCCUUGGUGUUGACAAACAACAACAUCACUGAAUUGGGUGAUUUAGAUCCACUAGUCACUCUACCAAAGCUUCGCACACUAUCACUUCUCCACAACCCGGUUUCUAACAAACAACAUUACAGAGCAUAUGUAGCAUUCAAGUUUCCAGAACUGAGGUUGUUAGAUUUUAGAAAAAUUAAACAAAAGGAAAGAGAUGAGGCAAAUACUUUGUUCAAAAGUAAAAAAGGAAAGGAAAUGCAGAAAGAAAUUACAAGAAAAGCAAAGACUUUUGUGCCUGGAGGGAAUUUGCCUGAUCCUAAAGUUACAAAUCUUACUCCUCAAGAAAUCCACAAGAUACGAGAAGCCAUUAAAAAUGCUUCAUCAUUACAAGAAGUGGAAAGGCUAACUCGGAUGCUUCAAUCAGGCCAGAUCCCUGGGCAGAAACCUUUGCAGCCACCUGCACCAUCUAAUGGACAACAAGAUGAAGAAGAGGAGAUGGAGACCGACCAAGCAAAUGGACAGUCAUAAUGCAAAAAGGUUUUACUUUUAUCUUGCUGUAAGAACAGAUAAUACAGUUGGAUAAGAAAAUUUAUAGUUUUAAGCAUAAGAAUUGCUGUUGUGUUAAGCUGGUUAGAUCAGGUUGUUCUACACUGCGAUGUUUAGCUAUUAAGACAGAUACUACACCAGACAGAUAAAUUAAGCGAAAGAACAGAAUACUACCAGAAACGGAAAUAUUCCAGACUGAUUUAAUUGGGAGAAAACAAAUAAUUCAAUUAAAAUCAUUGUGUUAUCCCAGUAUUUACAAAUAAAACUACAAACACUGUUUUCAAA